GGCGCGCCGCGGACCCGAGGGAGGACACGGUUAAAGCUUUGCCAUCAAUUGAGAGUCCGGAGAGCCAGUCCUAAGCUAACACACUAACUCUGCAGCCUUCCUCACGACCCCAAGCCACCGAAGGCGGCGACACCUGAUCCAGCACACAAACGGGUCCCUUCUGUCCCCGGAUACAAUUUCGCGGCGGAGACACACUCAAACUCACGCGCAGCAGCCAAGAGCGGAGGUUGCUUGCAGUGUUUGAAUGUUGAGAAGCUAUGAAGUCUUACACUCUGUAUCUCAUGCUCCUGUGGAGUGCUGUUGGGAUAGCGAAGGCCGCCAAAAUCAUCAUCGUGCCGCCAAUUAUGUUCGAAAGCCAUAUGUACAUUUUCAAGACACUAGCCUCUGCCUUGCACGAGAGUGGGCACCACACAGUGUUCCUCCUCUCUGAAGGCAGAGACAUCACGCCAUCUAAUCAUUACAGCCUCCAGCGCUACCCAGGGAUCUUUAACAGUACCACCUCGGAUGCUUUCCUGCAGUCCAAAAUGCGGAAUAUUUUCUCUGGGAGAUUGACAGCAAUCGAACUGUUUGACAUACUGGAUCACUAUACCAAGAACUGUGAUAUGAUGGUUGGCAACCGUGCCCUGAUUCAGGGUCUAAAAAAGGAAAAGUUUGACCUGCUGCUGGUGGACCCUAAUGACAUGUGUGGAUUUCUGAUAGCUCAUCUUUUAGGGGUUAAAUAUGCUGUAUUUUCAACUGGCCUUUGGUAUCCUGCUGAAGUGGGUGCUCCUGCCCCAUUAGCUUACGUCCCGGAGUUUAACUCACUCCUCACAGACCACAUGAACCUGCUGCAAAAGAUGAAAAACACCGGCGUUUACCUCAUUUCCAGAUUAGGGGUCAGCUUUCUGGUUCUUCCCAAAUAUGAAAGGAUAAUGCAGAAGUACAACCUGCUGCCGGAGAAGUCCAUGUAUGACUUGGUCCAUGGGUCCAGCCUGUGGAUGCUGUGUACAGAUGUAGCACUGGAGUUUCCGAGACCCACUCUGCCUAAUGUUGUUUAUGUAGGAGGGAUCCUCACCAAACCGGCCAGCCCACUACCAGAAGAUCUCCAAAGGUGGGUAAAUGGUGCUAAUCAACAUGGCUUUGUCCUGGUAUCUUUCGGAGCUGGUGUCAAGUAUCUGUCAGAAGACAUUGCUAACAAACUGGCAGGAGCUCUGGGGAGAUUGCCCCAAAAAGUGAUUUGGAGGUUUUCUGGAACCAAACCAAAGAAUCUGGGAAACAACACCAAGCUCAUAGAAUGGUUACCACAAAAUGACCUGCUUGGGCAUUCAAAUAUUAAAGCCUUCCUGAGCCAUGGUGGUUUGAAUAGUAUUUUUGAAACUAUGUAUCAUGGUGUUCCUGUAGUGGGAAUCCCACUCUUUGGAGACCAUUAUGAUACUAUGACCCGGGUACAGGCAAAAGGUAUGGGGAUACUGCUAGAAUGGAAGACAGUUACUGAAGGAGAGCUGUAUGAAGCACUAGUGAAAGUUAUCAAUAAUCCCAGCUACCGUCAGAGGGCUCAGAAGCUUUCAGAAAUCCACAAGGAUCAACCAGGUCACCCUGUCAAUCGGACUGUCUAUUGGAUCGAUUACAUUCUCCGUCACAAUGGAGCCCAUCACCUACGUGCCGCUGUCCAUCAAAUCUCUUUCUGUCAGUAUUUUUUACUGGAUGUUGCCUUUGUGCUUUUGCUUGGUGCUGCCUUGUUUUACUUCCUGUUGUCCUGGGUCACAAAAUUUAUCUACAGAAAAAUCAAAAGUUUGUGGUCUAGAAAUAAGCAUAGCACAGUUAAUGGACAUUACCAUAAUGGAAUCCCCAAUGGCAAGUAUAAAAGAAAUGGCCACAUUAAACAUGAAAAGAAGGUGAAAUGAGCCAACAGCCCACCUGAUAGUAACAAAUCUGUUCAGUCAUUGAAUUUUUAUUGCUAUAAUUUAGUCUAACAACUACUAAAAGGAAAACAUCAGUAAACAAUUCUAACACUCCCUUAUCUGAUCUUACUAAUGAAAUUCUGUGGAAUUAAGAUGGCUGUAAAAAGCACAAACCUAAAAUGCAAAAAUGUAUUUUAUUCGAAUACUGAUGCAGAGAGUUUUGGCACUGAACCUUUU